AUUGGUGAGAAUGUAAUAGUGGGCUGUAGCGUUUGCCUGCAAAUUUGACGAACUUUUCACCAUGAUUUUGGAGAAGUGGUGCAGAAAAGACUGGCAACAAAUAACAUUUGCUUAAGAUUUAAAAUAACCUGUACAAAUUCUGAAAUGCAGAUUUAACAUAGUCAGGAUUCGUUGUUUUCUUGAACGAAAGCAGAUACACGGCCUGAGCCCACCGCCUACAGUGCAGGGGAACGGGAACAACACCGUGUACGUUUUCCUGUAGCAGCGGUACAUCAUGGAUGAUCGUACGAUGUCGGCCAAAAAUACAUAGAUGGUGUGCCUGGGGUCACCUGUUCUGCCGUGAACGCUUCGACAUUUCUUCCAGGAUUACCAACACCACCAAAUGAACUCCGUCAGAGCAAGUAACGUUAGCAGAAGACCCAGGCGAGUGUCGAGGCCGCGCCCGGUGCAGCCGGAGGGGAACCACCAGGAAAGAGAUGAGGACGUUCCUGCAGAUAUGGUUGCAGAAGAAUCUGGUCCAGGAGCUCAGAAUAGUCCCUACCAACUUAGAAGAAAGUCUCUCCCCAAGAGAACAGUGUGUCCGACCAAGACAAAUAUGGAGGGUGCUUCCACUUCAACCACAGACAACUUUGGACACCGACCUAAGCGUCCCAGAGUUGCAGGAAAGUGCCAGGACUUGCCAGCAGCUCCAGCAGAACAGUAUUUGCAGGAGAAGCUCCCAGAUGAGGUGGUACUGAAGAUCUUCUCGUACCUGUUGGAGCAGGACUUGUGCCGCUCUGCUUGCGUGUGCAAACGCUUCAGUGAAUUGGCCAACGACCCCAUUCUCUGGAAGAGGCUGUACAUGGAAGUUUUUGAAUACACAAGGCCUAUGAUGCACCCUGAGGCAGGGAAGUUCUUUCAGAUAAACCCAGAAGAAUAUGAGCAGCCAAACCCUUGGAAAGAAAGUUUUCAGCAACUGUACAAGGGAGCACAUGUCAAGCCAGGCUUCGCAGAACACUUCUACAGUAAUCCUGCCAGAUACAAAGGGAGAGAUAACAUGUUUUACUAUGACACCAUCGAGGAUGCUCUUGGUGGAGGUCAGGAGCCUCACUUCGAUGGCCUGAUAUUUGUCCAUUCCGGCAUUUACACAGAUGAAUGGAUCUACAUCGAGUCACCGAUCACAAUGAUCGGAGCCGCUCCAGGAAAAGUAGCAGAGAAAGUCAUCAUAGAGAACACCAGAGACUCUACAUUUGUAUUCAUGGAAGGCUCAGAAGAUGCCUAUGUUGGUUACAUGACCAUCAGGUUCAACCCUGAUGACAAAUCAGCCCAGCACCAUAAUGCACACCACUGCCUCGAGAUAACAGUCAACUGCAGUCCCAUCAUUGACCACUGCAUCAUACGCAGCACAUGCACAGUGGGGUCAGCUGUCUGUGUAAGUGGCCAAGGUGCUUGUCCCACAAUUAAGCACUGCAACAUCAGUGACUGUGAAAAUGUUGGUUUGUACAUCACUGACCAUGCACAGGGAAUAUAUGAAGACAACGAGAUCUCAAACAACGCCCUGGCUGGGAUCUGGGUAAAAAACCACGGAAAUCCCAUCAUCAGACGGAAUCACAUCCACCAUGGCAGAGAUGUGGGAGUUUUUACAUUUGACCACGGCAUGGGUUACUUUGAGAGCUGUAAUAUCCAUAGGAACCGUAUUGCCGGCUUUGAGGUGAAAGCAUACGCCAAUCCAACUGUGGUUCGUUGUGAGAUCCACCACGGUCAGACCGGUGGCAUCUACGUGCACGAAAAGGGCCGUGGGCAGUUCAUCGAAAACAAAAUCUAUGCAAACAACUUUGCUGGGGUGUGGAUAACAUCAAACAGUGAUCCCACAAUAAGGGGAAAUGCCAUAUUUAAUGGUAACCAAGGAGGCGUUUACAUUUUCGGCGACGGACGAGGCCUGAUUGAGGGCAACGACAUCUAUGGUAACGCCCUUGCAGGGAUCCAGAUCAGAACCAACAGCUGCCCUAUAGUCAGACACAACAAGAUUCACGAUGGCCAGCAUGGCGGCAUAUAUGUGCACGAAAAAGGACAAGGUGUCAUCGAGGAGAACGAAGUGUACAGCAACACACUGGCAGGAGUGUGGGUGACAACAGGCAGCACGCCAGUAUUGAGGAGGAACAGGAUACACAGUGGGAAACAGGUUGGAGUCUACUUUUAUGACAAUGGCCACGGUGUUCUGGAAGACAAUGAUAUCUACAAUCACAUGUACUCUGGAGUUCAAAUCAGGACUGGUAGCAAUCCAAAAAUAAGGAGGAACAAGAUCUGGGGAGGCCAGAAUGGAGGCAUUCUGGUUUACAACUCGGGUUUGGGUUUUAUUGAGGACAAUGAGAUCUUUGACAAUGCUAUGGCAGGAGUGUGGAUCAAAACGGACAGCAACCCCACUCUGAGGAGAAACAAGAUUCACGAUGGAAGAGACGGUGGCAUCUGUAUAUUUAAUGGAGGAAGAGGGUUGUUGGAGGAAAACGACAUCUUCAGAAAUGCCCAAGCAGGAGUUCUCAUCAGCACCAACAGUCACCCAGUACUGAGAAAAAACAGGAUAUUUGAUGGCUUUGCUGCAGGUAUCGAGAUCACCAACCACGCCACAGCUACUUUAGAGGGUAAUCAGAUCUUCAACAAUCGUUUUGGUGGAUUGUUUCUUGCAUCUGGAGUCAAUGUAACAAUGAAAGAUAAUAAGAUACUGAACAAUCAAGAUGCCAUUGAAAAGGCAGUGAGCAGAGGUCAGUGCCUGUACAAGAUUUCAAGUUACACCAGCUACCCAAUGCACGAUUUUUACAGGUGUCACACCUGUAACACAACAGACCGAAAUGCCAUCUGUGUGAACUGCAUCAAGAAGUGUCACCAAGGACAUGACGUGGAGUUCAUCAGACAUGACAGGUUCUUCUGUGACUGUGGUGCAGGGACGCUGUCUAAUCCAUGCACGUUAGCUGGAGAACCGACUCACGACACAGACACACUGUAUGACUCAGCUCCUCCUAUAGAGUCCAAUACACUGCAGCACAACUGAGCAAGAGCUGAGGGUCAUUUUGCACCUCAGCAGGACACUUUAGAUCCUGUGCAGUGCAGGAGGAGAAAAUUAAAACUAUGGAGAGAAGAAAAAAAAAAUCACUUUAGCAGAGAAUAUAAAGUGACUUAAAAAGACUUCAACUUUAAAAUGAUAGAUGGAGUCAUACAGAAAAAAAAGAUAAAGCCUGGUUAUGGUGGCCUCACAUUUUUUUGUUUCCCUAUAUAUCACAAGAAAACAGAGUGGGACGGAGCAAAAAGGCAUCAGACUCAGGGCUUGCAGGGCGUUGGUUCGGAUAAAUCGAUGAGACAUGGCGGGAAAAAAAAGCUGAUGGGUCAUCAGUUAUAAGAAACAAGAAGCUGCAGUAACGUACAGCCCUGUUCUGAACACAUGCUCCUCCAUCAAGAGGCAAACACCACAAAUACAGCAAAGCUUCCAUCACUAGGCAACUGGUGCUCGUACCACAGCAUACGGGGACAAACGACCUAGCACUUCAGCUUUUUGGCCCUUCCCCCUUCAAGACAACUGUUGAGAUUUGAUUUUAUUGCUUUUGUGUAGUUUUGUAUUUUCAUGCAAAGAUCUUACUGUACUUGAAUGUCUUUAUUUUAUUAAAUGUGUUCAUUUUUUGUUUAUUAUACCCUAGAAAUGCUGUAAUAACUCAUGUCGCAGUAUUUAACUUCUUUCUGUGAAAGAGACCAGAGAAAAGAAAAAGACAACACUAAACCUUCUCCAGCAACAUUGUCUGUCACGUUUGCAAAUCAGUAGGAUGCUGAAUGGUGCUUUCACAGGACUCAGAGGGAGCUGAGCUGGUAAAGGAGUCACCUUAUGUUUUCACACGUAGUUUCUCAAAGUGGACAGCUUAAAAAGUCCAGAAGAAAAAACACAGCAUUUGUGUCACUAUUUACGGCUGUAGUUUGUACUUAAGUACAGCCUCUUCAUCAGAUUAAUAUGAAAUUGCUGACUGUGGGGGGAACUUGUGCAUGUUGAAUGAUUUCUGUUUGGGUUGUACCUUCUUUGGGAACAAUAGUUUUCAUCAUUUCAUGUAGAUUUUUUUGUAUCAAUCCAACCUGGCCAUUUUUUUAUUUAGAUUUAUAAUAUUUUAUAAAUAACAUCUCAUUAAAAGUCUCAAUGAAAGCACUUGUUUUUGUGUUUGCUCCCCGGUUUGCCAAUGUUGCUGGAGAACACAAAGCUUUUACUCUUCUGAAGCUGAGACAAGUACCUAUAUACAGCUCUAUAUCCUUCACUCCCCUCCCCAUUCAUGUGUAUUGGUGAUUGGUGGUCCUCAUACAGAUUUAAAAUGUAUGCAUGUAUCAUAACAUCUAGACUUAAUAUAUUGUGAAGUAUUCAAUAACCAUUAUGUAGGCUCUAGUGUGAAUUAAAAUGGAUUUCCUAGAUGCAACAUUGUCAUUUUUUAAAAAAUAAACUUUAUUA